GCCGGCCGUCGGGGAGCCGCCGCUGCCGCCGGCGGAGGCGCGGGGCGCGCCGCCCGGAGCGGGCGCGGCGCCGGACGAGGACUACAGCCCUGGACACAUGCCGCCCCCUGCGCAGAUGCCGCCACCAGGCCCUGGGCAGAUGCCGCCUCCCAGGGAGAUGCCGCCCCCCGCGGGCGAGCCCCCGCACGGCGCCCGCCCUGGGCAGAUGCCGCCUCCCGGGGAGAUGCCGCCCCCCGCGGGCGAGCCCCCGCACGGCGCCCACCCCGGGCAGAUGCCGCCUCCCAGGGAGAUGCCGCCCCCCGCGGGCGAGUCCCCGCACGGCGGGCAGAUGCCGCCUCCCAGGGAGAUGCCGCCCCCCGCGGGCGAGCCCCUGCACGGCUCGGGCACCGGGCAGCUGCCGCCGGCGAGCCCGCCACCCCAGGCGCCCCCGCAGCCCCGGCCGACGCCGCCGCCCCAGACGACCCUGCCGCCGGCGGCGCCGCCCCGAGGGCCGCCUCAGGGUGGCGCGCCCCACGGGGGGGGGCCUGCGGGCGGCGCACCGCUCGGCAGCGCUGGCUGGAGCGGCACGUGGCUCGUGACCUGCGCGAAGUGGACGGGGGGCCUCUGCGCCAGCAUCGUGGACAGCGCCGUUCACGGCUCGCCGCUGGACCCGCUGGCGGGCAUGACGCUUGGCAUCUUCCUGUGCUUCCUCCUCUCCAUGGCGUUCCUCCGGUGCUGCGUCACGAGGGCCCCGCCGCCGCCCGCGGCGCCGCUUCCGCAGCCGCAGCCCGCCGCGGCGGCUCCCGCGGGCGACCCGGCGGCGGUGGCGGAGAUGCGGAGACAGGUCGAGGAGUUGCAGAGGUUGCAGCACCUCGUCAACCAGGAGGUGAGGCAGCUGAGGCAGUCCGUGGAGGACGGCCACCGCGGCAUCGGCAAGCUCUCCGGGGACGUCCACGCGCUGUCUGGCGACUUCCACGCCUUCUGCCAGGAGAAGAACCGCGCCGACACGGAGAUGCUGCUCUCCACGCGGGAGAUCAUGGAGUGGCUCGGGGCUGGGUCCCCCGUGCCCGGCGACGGCGCGGCGCCGCUUGGCGGUGGCGUGGCGAACGGCGACGCGGAC